CGAACUUAUCGGAUGUUUUCAACGCCGCGAAAUAAUCAAGAUCUAUUUGAGUAGCAACAAUAGUGAGCUAAUAGAUAUAAGGUUUAUUUCUAUUCAUUAAAAAAGGUGAAACAUUACAUAAGAUGACAAUAUUCGGACAAAAGUUUAUAUCAAUUCUGUGCUUAGUGAACCUCUCAAAUGGGAUACCAGCACAAUACAACAAUGAUAAUUCGCAGCCUUCAACGGACGAGUCGAGGCAUUUUCCGAGAUUUGACGAUUCGGGUUUCAUUCCAAUUAUCCCACCUCCACAUAAUCCUCAUCCUAUAUUAUCCCUGCAUAGUGAUCCUCAUUUGAAUCCAAUUUUGGAACAGGAAAGGAUUUACUCUUCACAUUACCGUAAUGGAUAUUUAUCAACAUCAAGACCGUUCUCAUUGAGACACAUUAGCAGCACAGCAACUAUUAAUAGACUCACGCCAAGCACUCGUGCACCGACAUCCACAUCAUCGUCUUAUGAUCAAACUAAAUCUAUCCUCGGUUCAGGUGAUUUUACUGUCUUGAGAGGCGGUACGUUUUACCCGGAAGGUGAAGAAAAGAAAAAUGAUUUUUAUGGCAGUGGAUCAGCAUUUUUUGACUCUAAUAAUGGUCGUCCAUUUGCGCUUCCAUUAGAGCAGUUACAUUAUUCAGAUGAUCCAUUUGCUAGUUUUAAGGAUUUCGCUGACAUAACAGCCGGAGUUGAUUCGGAUUUUACAAAUAUUGUUGUGAUUUAUGCAAAUAAAAACUCAACAAAACACGAACCACGAAAUAUUCUCGAGCAGCUUCAGUUGCUUGAUCAACAGAAAGAAUCUGAAUCUGAGAAUCAUGAAACGGAAGUCUCAACAACGAGCGUGCCAAUUAAAAACAUGAAAUUAAGUAAAUUCAAAACAAAAUUGCUCAGCACGAAGCCUCAAAAGGUAUACUUUAAAAAAGUGCAAGUUCCAAAUAAGCUGAAACAAAGCAAAGAGACAAAGUCGUCAUCAUCAUCCAUUGAUUAUGUUGAUCCAUUAGUAGCAGAUAGUUAAGCAAAAAUAUAAUUUUAAAUAUAAGUAUUGAAUAGAUUUACUUUUAAUUAUAUUGUGUACGCAGUUUGUGCGUGCUUAUUACCAUUCAAUAUUAUUACUAUUGAUCUUAUUUUAAGCACUGAUCUGAAGGUAAAUAAAUGUCAAAAUUGUGUGUGCUUUACUUGUUGUAAACCUUAUAAAAAACUUUAGUGUUUCCUUGGUGUUUAUCGAAUUAAUUCAGUUUGUGAUCUUGUUUGGACACCCGAGCUGUAGAGCAUUUGAAGCUGUUUAAAUCAAUGAGGAUCCGUAGCUGUACAAAGGAUUACUUGAUCAUAAAUUCUUGCCUCUUAUGAGAAAAUUUCAAUAGAUCUGUAAAGUCUCAAACCCAAGAAAUCAGAGUCAGUUUUGCUUAUUUAAAGUAUUCAAGGACCAGAUCAUGUUCCUAACCAGCAGAACAUCAUUUUGGCUAUGUUUUAAAACUCUUAUCUUUACGAUAAUAAUAAGAAGCAUUCAAAGUUUGAUUCUUCGCCCUUAAAACAACAAAUAACUCAAUCAUAUGUCACUCGGACUGCUCAUUGCUCUUGCUA